AUGGGACGCCGCUUAGUCCACCUCACCAGCGCUGGCUCCAGCGCCUCCCCUAUCACCGUCUGCAUCAUCUUCCUCAUCGUAGCUGUCAUCGGGUAUUUUGUCCUCGAGAGGGGUAACAACCGCAGCGACAAAGUCAAGACGUCGAGCUCCCAGACCGAACCAAGCAGCUCCACCAGAACAUCCGCUCGCUCCACUGAUCUCGCUGAUCCCGCCGACACCGACGCUGCCACUGAUACCGACAAUCCUCCCGAUACCCCUGCCUCUCGGGCCAGCGACUUUCCCAGCGACUACUCUGCCAACGAUGAGACGGACUACGAUACCGAGGCGGAAGAGUCAGCGAGACGGAGGAUAGCGCAGCGAGCAGAGAAUGCUGCAAGGCUCGGAGUCAAGGCAGCUCUCAAGCCUGCACGGAGCUUUGAGUUAUCGAAACCGGAGAAAAGAAAAUCUGUCGGAUUCCCCGAUACUUUCGCGGCGACCGAUAUGAUUGCUUCCUUUGAGCACUAUCCCCCCUCACGGUGGCACAGUGCAAAGGGGGAGCUCGAGGGCCAUACAGACCCCGAGCGACCAGACAGCGACGCGCCAGUGCCCCAUGUGGCCUCGAGGCUGCCCCUAUUCCGAGAGGGGUUGCAGACGCAUCCCACUCUGCUGGCGAAGAUGGAAGAGGUGGAGAAGUUGUUGUGGGUGAACUGUAUGGACGUGGAGGAGUACGAUGGGCCUAACACCUCGGAACUGGAGUCGAAGGCAUUAUCGGACCGAUGGCACAACAGAUGGGGGAAACUCCCCGAAGUGAUGUUUGAGCUGUGUCGAGAACUCAUCACAUCGGGGAUCAUCCCCAUGGUUCCUUUGGCCUGGGCUAUGGCCAACGAGCCCACGAUAGCGAACAGCCCGGCCUAUCCGGCCAUCAAUAUCAUACAGCAGGGAUUUGAGACGGCGGAGCAGACGAAGGCUGACGGUACGACGGGCAAGGUGUUCGUACAUAAGGAGGAUGCUGAUGGGCGGGCCGCAGCACUAGACUUGCUGCUGGGUUGGUUUGUUCUCUCUUAUCGAGGAUAUGUACAGGAGGAGUGGGCGGACACGUCUAAUAAGAGUAGCACAGCGAGGAGUUGGGCGGGCGGUGCGAUCCACGCCGAGGUCGCCGAUGCACUUGGGGGAAAAGGAUCAGUAGGGGAGGAAAUACUGAAAUGGUUGGGCUGGGUCGGAAAGCGCUACCUCCUCAGUCGAGCCGUCACCGGUCAAGGCGCCGACCUCCUCGAUGGCUCAGCACGCCUCUCGAUAAGCAGGCUCGAUGCGAACAGUGACGCCUUGUUCAGGCUGGACGUGACGAUAUUCGUACCCGAAAGUCAAAUCAUCCAGAAGAUCACCACUCCCCUCUCGGCCCGAGAGACCGCCCACUGGUCGAGACAGUCUCCUAAGUCGAAAGCUACUGGAUGGGGCUCGUGCUGGCUGUCGGACGCCGUAUGCCGCUACAUCCACCUGGCCCGCCCAUGGAUCUCCCACCAUUUCCCCAUGAAGGGUACACGCGUCGACCUUGACGAGGACCGUAUCGACCUCAGGCGGCUCAUCAUUCGACCUGGUUUCGGAAACGGCAGAGUCAACAUGAGGAGCGGCUCUAUGGACGAGCCCAUCAAGCCGGGCACCAGCUAUCGGGAUCCAAAGACUCCGGUGCUUAUGCAGCUCGACACCGAGGCCAUAGACACUGCGGCCGAUUACGCGGAGGCGGUAAAGCAGCAGGGACAGACUAAGGAUACGCUACAGGUCCUGCUCCGUCGAUCACGAAUCACCAGCAUCAGAUUCAUGAACAAGCGCCAAAACCACUGGCAUCAUCCUGCAGGAGACGCGGCCGAUGAGGAUCAAUUUGAUCCAACGCAGAUGGCGUUUAUAUGUGGGCUUCUGAUCCCUCCCCUGCAAAAUCAUGGUACUGAUCUCGGGGAUCUCAACCUCGUGACGGGCCCCUUAUCAAGGUCUGGUUUUAUCAGCCUUGACUUUGGCGGGAUCGUGCCUUACAUUCCUGCGGAGGAAGGGGACCUUCGCGUGGAAUUCGUAUGGGCACGCCUGUAUGACCGGGUCAAGAGGUACUAUAUCCCCUUCAUGGACGGCGGGGCGGUGACCAGGAUCAUCAGUGCGGGGGCAGAGGCGUCUGGGGAUGCAAGGAAGCAGUGGAACACCGCGAGGUGGCUCACUGAUUCCGAGGGCUGGCUUUUGCGCGACCUACCCCCGAAGACCCUUUCCAAAGAGAUGCGCAAGCUAUCUGACGCUCCACCUCACGUCAAGAGAACGUUCGUGGUCGUCCUGCGGGACUUUGACAGUGAUUAUCAGAAUUUCUACCGCCAGAUCGGCAAAGCGAUCUACACCGACAUGAUCAGCAUAACGUCUACAUCUGAUGAACUCGGCAGAUCCAAGGUGCUCAAGAAGCUCAAGUGGUUCAUCAAGAGGCUGAACGAGUCCGUCAAGCUCACCACGGUGACCGAGUGCCAGACCUCCAUAUCUGAUCCGACCCUGUGGGACUUGGGGUAUGCACUCACUGCCGCGGAAGUACUGGCCGAGCAGGAGGCCAUGGCGCAGGGGGGAGGCAGGGAACCGGAAAAUCAUAUACCGCCGCCACCGAGCGGAAAUGCCGGAGAAGUGCAUCACUUGAAAGCUAUUGAGGAAGAUUUGGCAAGGGCGGAACGGGAACAGAAGAGGGUCGCCGCCGAGAGUGCAGCCCUGCACAUCACCGCCAAGGAACUGCUGGAGCAGGAGAGAGCCAAAAAUCGGUUGCCUGGAGGUCCAGCCCCACAGGUGCCUGGUGGUGGCAUCGAGGAAGAGGCGGAUCAGGAGGGACCUCCCGGCCAAUCUGCCUUGGACAGUCUCCUGUUAUCCGCAAUGGAAGAGUGUAUCGAGGUCGAUCACGACACCGCAAUGAGUAGUCGGCAGAAGCUUCUUAAGAUGGUCUAUACCGACAAGACGUCAGAUGGUCACCUAUGGAAUGCCCUUGAGCGUCUGCGAGGCUUGCACAAGAGAACCACCGAAGAGCGGGCCGUCACCAAUAGCGAAUAUGCGGCGGCCGACACGGAUCUGAGGAAGAAGGCCGUAAUGGACAGGGUCUUCGAGGAGGCCGGGCGACGGGAGGUUGAGGCAAACAAGGCCCGUAAAGACGUUAAAGACAUGCUUGCUCGGGCGGGUGACGAGGAGCAGGCGAGACUGAAGGUGAUGGUGAAGCGGCAUACCGAAGAGGAGAGACAGGCGCGACGUGAGAGGCGGCGGAACAAAGAGCCCGACCCGGCAGUGAACGAACUGGAUGAUGGAUCCGAGGCCUUCCUGAACCUCUAUUACCAAUAUCAGGACUUGCGUGCCAAGAAUGGUGACGAACGAAAGGCAUUGCGAGCUGCGGGAGGUGUCGUGGAUCCAUGUGAAGAACACAUCAGCAUGUCCGAGUCUUUCGCAGGAAGCAAAAUCCCUCGAGACGUGUUGAUUGCGGCAUGCACGCUACCGCUCUGGGAUAAGAGGGGCAGUGACUGUCGCAUGAUGCUCCGUCAUCGACAGUGGAAAGUCCAAGAUAUCAGCGAACACGAUAUACUCCGCGACAUCCAAGAUACGGUGAAGAACAUGAAGGAGUACUCGGACCAUGCAGACCCCACAGACCCAAUCUGGCACCGCACCAUCGCCCUCGAGCUACGGGAUCAGCUCGACAGAAAACUCGGCAAAGAACACCGGAAUAGAGUCGAGAUCAUGGAGGCGUUCCGAGCCGAGGCCACGGCGGCGUUCCGAAACGCCAAGGCGGGGAGGGAAGAGCAACAGCGGGCGUCAGUGCAGAGCGUGUCAGAUGAAGAGUCCGAGGAGAACGCUGAGGAAAAGGAGCGCCGUUUGGCGUGUCCUGUUUCGCCGCUGUAG